CGAUUUCCGCAAUGUCAAAGGAUUGCUAUGCAGGGCCUGAUAUCCAUUGUUUUUCCUGUCGGUUCCCUACACUGUUGAACAACUAACCAUCAUAGAGGAUUAUUGGCUACCCUUACACAGUAUAGCAGGUCGUAUAACGAACGAUAACGCACCUGAUCGGCACCAUAUGCUGCAUCCACCUUGACUCCAAUUGACCUUGGCAAGAAAAGUGCAGUUGACGUGCUUGCAAUUUCCCAUAAGCAUAUGUAAUGGCGAGGCACAUAUGCAACAAUCCCGAUCGUUUGUAUAAAGUGUCACUCUGUUCCUGUUUGCUGUCUUUGGGAUCGUCGUCACUGUGAACUCCCUCCUGUCUUUCAAUAAUCAGCCCAUACACAAUGGCCUCAACUGAGAACCCAAAGGGCAUUGACUCGAAAGAGAUUCACUAUGAGCCACAAUCCGAUGCCAGUUCCGAGGCUUCAGUGGCCAAACUGAAGCUUGCGCAUAGGAAAGUAGACAAAAGGUUACUACUGUGGUAUGCCUUUGUCUAUCUUAUCAUGCGCAUCCACGUCAGCAAUAUCUCAAAUACAGCAAUCAUGAAUCUUGAACAAGGCACGGGAAUCCGCAAACAACUUGGAAACCUUACAUCUUCUCAAUGGGCGUGGACUUUGAGCAUAUUUUACUAUCCGUAUAUGUUCUUCGAGCCUCUGGCAACCCUUGCUCUAAAGCGAUUUAGUCCAAGUGUCUGGAUGUCUCGCAUCAUGUUUACAUGGGGUAUCAUCUCCAUGUGCCAAGGUGCAGCCCAGAACUACUCCGGCAUACUGGCUUGUCGCUUCUUCCUCGGUGCUGCCGAAGCAGGCUUCUAUCCGGGUGUUUUGUACCAUCUGAGCUUUUGGUAUCCGACCGAACGGCUUCCACUUCGUAUUGCGUUUUUCUACGCAUGUGGUAUGUUUUCAGGAACUAUCAGUGGCCUCCUUGCGUACGCCAUAUCGUUCAUGAAUGGAGUUGCUGGUCUAGCCGGCUGGAGAUGGCUUUUCAUCCUCGAGGGAAUCCCCGCGGUACUGUGCGCAAUAUACACUUGGUUCUUUUUGCCCAACUAUCCUGAAACGGUAAAGUUCUUGACUGAAGAGGAGCGUGAAAUCAUCCUUGCCGAUCUGCCCAAGCAGGCGCCAUCUAUGAAAUCAAAGACGUUCAGCUUCGAGCAGACGAAGAGUCUUUUCAAGAGCCCAACGUUCGUACCAUUUCUCAUGAUUUGGAUCACCCAUGGUAUCGGGGGGUGGGGUAUCUCGUUUGUACUUCCGACAGUUAUCUAUGAACUCGGUAUUUCAAAUACUGCCAUCGCACAGGUCAUGACCAUGCCUCCUUUCACGUUGGUUUUCGUAAUUCUCUGCGGACUUGCCUUUUUCAUCCAUACCAAACGCCUCUCGCCUUGGGUGGCAGGACUCGGUGUCGAAACCACCCAAAUCAUCUGCUACAUUCUGCUCAUCACCGUCAAGAACGCAACCGCGAAGUACAUCUUUGUCAUGAUUGCAACAGCCGCCUCGCAAUCCUUCUUCGCACUCAUGUGGCCUGAGCGUAUCCGUGCCGCACGAGGAACCACGACUGCGGGAUUAGCGAUUGGAAUAACGAAUGCUAGUUGCCAACUGAUGGGCAUCGUGGGUCCGCAGAUCUAUCAACCAAAGUUUGGACCGACCUAUCGCGUCAGUUACAUCUGUUCCAUUGCGCUUCUGUCGACGUGUCUGUGUGCAGUUUGCACAAGUUGGUAUUUUGUGGCCAGGGACGACAAGCAGAGAGCGACUGAGGGAACUCAAGACGAAGCUCCCGUUGCUUGA